AUGCCCACGUCCUUUUCAACACUGCAACCGCUCAUUAUGUCUUUUGACGGUGGUGCACGCGGCCACUCGGACAUCAACGCCUAUGCUUGCUGCGUGUGGUCUGACGACAACACCUUGAUGUCGUGGGCGGCCCGUUCGGUUCUGCCAGGUGGUACUAACAAUGAAAUGGAAGCGCAAGGACUCCUCACCGGCUUACCUUGGCUCUACCAGCAUCACAAGACUUCACUCAUACGGGUCAUCGGCGACUCUGAGGUUAUCAUUCAACUUGCGCUCGGAACGCAACGCGUACGAUCGCCCAAUCUGGUUCCUGCGCUUCGCGAAAUUUGA